CCGACCGACGGAUCAGCUGGUUCUCGCGUUGUUCUUUUUACGCUGGUGUGUGUGUGUGUGCGCGAGCCUCUGUGUGUUGGGUUGGGAGAGAACUAGAGAGAGGUGAGAAAGAGAGAGAAUGCGGGGAAAGUAGGGGAGAGCGACGGGAGCGCCGACGAUGGCGAGGCUGCAAAGUCGCGGAUGGAGCCGCGAUGGUAAGACGAAUUUUACCUUGAGUAGCUGUUCGCUAACCUUACCUGAAAACCACUAAGCAUGGAAAUGAGGAGACGACGUUAGUUCUCUUUUAUUAAAGUUAAAUAGUUUUAAUUACGCUUAAGUCAUAAUGUAAAUAUUUGAAAAAACAUCAAUUAAAAGUAUCUCGAGCUGAAAUUGCACACUUUAAUCGAUUCUUACAAUUUGAAAAUGUCUCUAAUAAAUUUUAAGACUUUACUCUCUCAAUCACCACGUCGUUCAAGAAACUUUAUUAAAUCAUUUAGAUCAUUAUCUUCAAAUGUUAACAAUGAUCAAGAAAAGUUUGAUGUCAUUGUUAUUGGUGGAGGUCAUGCAGGAACAGAAGCUUGUGCAGCUGCUGCACGUAUGGGUGCUAAAACCUUACUUGUUACUCACAAAAAAAGUACAAUUGGUGAAAUGUCAUGCAACCCAUCAUUUGGAGGAAUUGGGAAGGGGAAUCUCAUGAGAGAAGUUGAUGCACUUGAUGGCAUCUGCUGUCGAAUAUGUGAUAUUUCAGGAGUCCAUUACAAAAUAUUAAACAAAAGAAAAGGACCUGCUGUGUGGGGCUUGAGGGCUCAAAUUGACAGAACUCUGUACAAAAAAAAUUUACAAGCAGAACUGUUUAAUUAUCCUUGCUUACAAAUCAUUGAAUCAUCUGUUGAAGAUUUAUUGUUACAUGGAGAUAGCCCAAAAUGUUGUGGAGUCAUUUUAAAGGAUGGAACAAAAGUACUGAGUGAUUCUGUUGUAAUUACUACUGGAACAUUUUUGAAAGGAGAAAUUCAUAUAGGUUUAGAAACCAGACCAGCAGGUAGAUUAAAUGAUGAACCCAGUAUAGCAUUAGCUGAUACACUUGACCGCUUGGGAUUUCGAAUAGGCAGAUUAAAAACUGGUACUCCUCCGCGUCUCGAAAAGUCAACAAUAGAUUUUUCAAAAUGUAUUCGUCAAGAACCUGAUGAAAUUCCCGAACCAUUUUCAUUUAUGAGUGAUUCGGUGUGGUUACCUCCAGAAAAGCAACUAUGCUGCUUUUUAACGCAUACGGGUCAAGGUGUCUUAAAAAUAGUCAAAGACAAUCUUCAUUGUAAUAUACAUGUUACGCAGGACGUCAAGGGUCCUAGAUAUUGCCCAAGUAUAGAAAGUAAAGUUUUGAGGUUUCCACAACUGAGUCAUCAGGUUUGGCUAGAACCCGAAGGCCUAGAUUCUUCGCUGAUAUAUCCUGCAGGAUUGUCCUGUACAUUACCAGCAGAUCAGCAAGAAGAACUGAUCAAGCACAUCCCAGGUUUAGAAAAUGCAAAAAUGGUAAAACCAGGCUACGGAGUUGCAUAUGACUACGUUGAUCCCAGAGAACUGACUUCUGCACUAGAAACGAAAAAGAUACCUGGACUUUUCCUUGCUGGUCAAAUAAAUGGAACUACUGGCUAUGAAGAGGCUGCUGCGCAAGGUAUUGUUGCGGGAGUUAAUGCUGCUGCCAAGGUUUUUAAUAAACCACCGUUGAUAAUAAGUCGAACAGAAGGAUACAUUGGCGUACUUAUCGACGAUUUAACAACAGGUGGUACAACGGAACCGUACAGAAUGUUUACUAGCAGAGCAGAAUUUCGAGUAAGUUUACGUCCAGACAAUGCUGAUGAACGUUUGACUCAAAAAGGCUACACAGUGGGUUGUGUGUCGGAAGAGAGAUGGAGAAAAACUGAAUCUUUGCUUCAAAACGUACACGAAUGUUUAGAAGCACUGAACAAUACUUCAAAAACGCAUAAGAAUUGGCAAAAAUGCAUAAGAUUAAGAGAUAACAAACAAAAUCUGCCAAAAACAGCCUUUGCUUUGUUGCAAAACGAAGAUGUUACUUUGGACGACUUAGCUCCACAUGUGCCCGAACUUUUAUAUCUAGAGAAAAAUCCAAAGCUAUCUCAAAGAGUAAAGAUUGAAGCUACCUAUACUCAUGCUGUAGAAGAACAGAAACGCGAAGUAGAAGAAAUACGAAAAAAUGAAAGCAUGGCAAUACCAUCUAACAUCGAUUGGAAUUCCCAAUCGCUAAACAUAAGUGUAGAGGAUAGAGAAAAAUUGGCUGAUGCACAACCUCAAACUAUUGCAGCUGCCUACAAUAUCGCCGGUGUAACACCGGCUGCUGUUGUGAAACUGUACUAUCACGUGAAACACAACAAAAUAGCCGAAUCAGUUUCAGUAUGAAAAUUGUUGAUAGUUAUGUAAUAAAGAUGUAAAUAUAUUUUUAAAA